AUGACCGGCUUCCUGGCGUGGUUCUGGAAUGAGCGGUUCUGGCUGCCCCACAAUGUAACCUGGGCAGACCUGAAGAGCACCGAGGAGGCGGUGUACCCCCAGCCUGAGGACCUGUACCUGGCGGCACCCCUCGCCCUCUGCAUCAUCACCGUCCGGCUGCUGUUUGAGAGGCUGCUGGUGCGUCCGCUGGUGUCUGGUCUGAGGAUCGAGGUGAGAGAGGCCCAGAGGGCUCCGCCCAACGCCAUACUGGACAAGGUCUACACUGCCAUUACCAAGCACCCUGAUGAGCGUCGUCUCGAGGGCCUGUCUAAACAGCUGGACUGGGACGUGAGGAGUAUCCAGCGCUGGUUCUACCGACGCAGAGACCAGGAGAGGCCCAGCACACUGGCACGCUUCUGUGAUAGCAUGUGGAAGUUUGCAUUCUAUGUCUACAUCUUCACAUAUGGAGUACGCUACCUCAAGCAGACUCCUUGGCUCCACAACACCAGAGAGUGCUGGCACAAUUAUCCCAACCAGCCCCUGACGGUGGAGGUGCAUUACUACUACCUGCUGGAGCUCUCCUUCUCCCUCUCACUGCUGAUGCCUCAACUCACACACGUCCGGAGGAAGGACUUCCUGUUGACACUGACACAUCACUUCCUGUCUGUGUCUCUGAUCGUCUUCUCCUAUGUCAGCAACAUGGUGCGCGCCGGAACUCUUGUCAUGUGUGUACACGACUCAGCUGAGGUCCUGCUGGAGGCGUCUAAGAUGGCCAAGUAUGCACGCUUCAAGCGGUUCUGCAACCUGCUCUUCGUGGUCUUCACCCUCAUCUUCAUCACCUCCCGUCUCGCCCUCUACCCUGCCUGGGUGCUGAAGACUACGGUGUUUGAGAGCUGGUCCCUGUUGGGCCUGUUCCCGUCCUGGUGGCUCCUGAAUGGGAUGCUGAUGUUGCUGCUGAUGCUGCACUGCCUAUGGACCUACCUAAUACUCAGAGUACUGAGGGUACAGAAGAGGAAACUCAACCCUCUGUGUGUAUCGUUGGACAGCCACAAUGACGUGGACUUCAGCUCAGAUGAGGAAGACAUUCCCCUCCACCCCAAAAAAACACCACCCCACACACACGCCUCACACACACACACCUCACACAGAUCUCAGAGGGCUGCCAAUGGCUCCAACGGUGCUCACAGAACCAACGGAUACCUGUGA